CUUUCUCGGAGAGCAACAAGAGUCCACUAGUCCUACUCCGGUCCGGCCCUCCCCGCAGCCGCCGCGCGCACAGGCACAGCCCCACAGCCCCAAACCAGAGCGAGCGGUCGGCGGCGCGGCGGAAGGGGGAAUGAUGGAUGCGCGGCGUUGGCAGUCCCCGGCGGCGGCGGCCGCGGCGGCCGAGGCGGCGGCGGAGGACGCGUCGGGCGGCGGGGGCGGGCCCUCGAGGCGGCCGCCGCGCCGCGGGCUGCAGCGCGCGUCGCCCUACGGGCUGGGCCCCCGGCGCUGGCUCCCGAAGCCCCCGGUGGCCUCUAGUGUCUUCCCCGCCGCGUCCCGUGACCACGCCGCCGAAGGCGAUAAUCGGAUGGGUCAAUAUGAAUCAAUGGAUGUAGCGCAUGAAGCGAGCAGAGUAACGCAUGAAGUAAGCAGGAAUAAGUCUAUGGAACCAAAUACCAAUGCUAUAACCAAUGUGGCCCUAGCGUUUUCAAACGAAGCCAACCUGCUGCCUGAAGGUGAUUACAUAAAUCGAAGCAGUGGACUUGCUGAAAUCGAGAAGAUCAUCAAACAGAAGCAAUUUUCUAGGGAUGAAACAGAACGUUUGAUAGAGAUCAUGCGUUCGAGGACUCCUGAUCUCCAUGAGGACGAUCAGAGAGCUACGCAGUCUUUUGCGAAAGAAACUGAAACUACACCGUUUUCUAACAAACUGGUGAUACCUGCAAAGCCAGAUGAACGAAAUUGGGGGACUGAUGUGUUUGCACAGUCAAAUGUGCAUGAUGUUACUUCACCCAUUGAACUUGCUAGAGCUUAUAUGGAAGCACAGACCUCAGCAAGUGUACAUGAAUCUCAAAAGAGAAAAUUCAGAGCUUUGAGUCAUGGAGUUGAAAUUGAGAAUUCAGCAUCAAAAAUCUUCCCUAAAGUGGCCAUGGACUCUCCUGUGCGCUGGCCAGGUUCAGUUGUCCGAGACCAUACAAACCACUACCUUACACCACAAAGUAAUAAACGAAGAGCUCUUCCUCCUGCAUCCUCUCGCUCACCAUAUACUGGCUCAGUUUUCCGAAGAUCUGUCAAGAGAACAGGACAGCUUGAUACCUAUAGUAACUUAUCUGGGCGGCCACAGCUUUCAACACCUUUUUCCGUUGGAAGUAAGGCUAUGCUAGAGGAUAAAAUGACAUCAACUGAUGGUGUUCUUGGAGUGCAACCAUCAACCUCUUCCGAAAGAGUACAUGCAGAUGCCGUUGGCACUGAUACUCCACAUACAUUCACCCUAGAAAGACCUCACGGCAAAGGCACCAUAGAAAGUGGCUCGAGUACUGGACGUGUACCAGUGGCAGACAAUAUUUCCAAGCAUGCUGCUGUAUCUGUUCAUCCGAAGUCAAGCCAGACAGCUCAGAAAAUACUCCAGCAUCUUGAGAGGACAAUUCCAUCCCCUACAGUAAAGCCAGAGCUAAGGCGAACUGCAAAGAGAACUAUUUCCCCUGUUGUCAUCAGCAGCCCGUAUAAAAUGCCCGACUCCGUCACUAAUAAUGCUCCCAGACAGAACAGCCUCAAUGAGCAUGCCAGUGCUUAUCAGGCAAUUUCAAAUGUGAAGAAGGUUCAGGAACCCCCAAGCAGCUCCAAUUGUGAGGAGCCGGCUCCAAAGGUCCAGAGCCCAGUGGCCACCCCAGAAGUUACUGAAAUGACCGGCUCACAGCAUCUUUCGAAGCCCGACGCGGCAACUGCACCAGCUGCAGCAGUCUCGGAUAAAAGCGCGACCAAUGGUUUCAUGUUCUCGUUCCCUGUCACCAAAACCUCAGUUUCGCUUCCAGAACCGCCACCCACUCCUACUUUCUUCUCACCGCCGAAAAGGAGCCCGCCAGCUGACAUCCAAGAUAUCCCCAAGUUCAACUUUGGCUCACCAAGUUCUACGGACAAUCUCGUUUUCUCUGUCGAUGCAGCAGGCGGCUCUGCUGGUGCAGAGGAAGUGGCUCCAACCUUCAAGUUUGGGUCGGACAAGCGAGAGCUUUCCUUCGACGUGGCUGGGAAAGACGCGGUUGUCUCUUAGAGAUGGGCAUCCUCUGCUAUCUGAACCCGCUCGCACUUGUUAUUUGCUGGGAUGACGGCACCAUUUAUAACAAACAAUACGUGACUUAUACAAGAAAACAUGGGCCUCGCAUACCCCAGUAUUUUCAAUGCAUAUUUUUGCAGAUGCUCCUGUCCUGA